AUGCAGUGGACGUCCCUCGCCGCUGUCGCGCUUCUUGCGCAGAGCGUCUCUGCUCAGAACAUGUUGCGCUUCGCCUGCUCCCAGCUGGUCGUCGAGCGUACCGACCCCCUCGUCAACCCGGGUGCCCUCUACACGCCUCAUCUGCACCAGAUCGUCGGCGGCAACUCGUUCAACAUCACUAUGGACCCUGCUAACCACGACCCUGCCAAGCUCUCGACCUGCACGUCUUGCCAGUUCAAGGAGGACAAGUCCAACUACUGGACUGCCGUGCUCUUCUUCAAGGCCAAGAACGGCACCUACCACCGCGUGCCCCAGGUCGGCAACGGCGGCCCUCAGGGCCACCUUAUUCAGAACGGUGGUCUCGACGUCUACUACAUCCCCCAGGGCAAGGUCACCGCCUUCAAGCCCGGUUUCCGCAUGCUGGCUGGUAACGCCGCCAACACCGACGCCAAGAAAGUCAACAGGGGCAACAUCUGCCACCGUUGCUGGCAGUCCACCAACGACAACCAGUUCACCGGCGCCCAGCCCUGCUCCGGCAGCGACUCGGUCGACGUCCCCACCGGUACCCAGUGCAAGAUGGUCAGGCAGACCAUCAUCUUCCCGGCGUGCUGGGACGGCAAGAACCUGGACAGCCCCGACCACCAGAGCCACGUGGCCUACAGCGGCGUCGGCGCCACCGGCGGCGGUGCUUGCCCGGCGUCUCACCCCGUGAAGCUGCCCCAGAUCAUGUACGAGCUCAUGUGGAACACCUCGACCUUCAUGGCCGACCGCAGCUCGUGGCCCACCGACGGCACCAACCCCUUUGUCUAUAGCAUGAACCUUGGUGGCCCUGCCGCCCACGGCGACUACGUCUUCGGAUGGGAGGGCGACACUCUCCAGAAGGCCAUGGACAACCGCUGCAACCUCAACAGGGACUGCGCCGCGGCCGGCAUUCACGCCCAGCAGCCCGCCGUCUACAACGCCUGCACCAAGCCUCAGCAAGCCCCUGAGGAGGUUGAUGGCUGGCUCAAGGCUCUUCCUAUGGGUGAGAUGGUCGUCAAAGCAUAA